UAUGGAGGGCUGGCGGAAAGGGCCCAGGAAAAGGCUGGCGGAUUCCAAUCACUUUAUUAAUAGCCAAAAAAAAGAAGAAAGAGGAAGCCUCUCUUCUUCUUCUUCUUGGCAAAUCAAUCUGAAAGAGAAAGGCGGGGCAGAUCGAUCGGGAGAAAGGAAGAAGAAGAAGAAUUAUUUUGUUGAAAUGAGAGAAAUAAUCAGCAUACACAUAGGUCAAGCUGGUAUUCAGGUGGGAAACUCAUGCUGGGAGCUUUAUUGUCUUGAACAUGGAAUCCAACCUGAUGGCAUGAUGCCUAGUGACACCUCACCAGGUGCAGGGCAUGAUGCUUUCAACACCUUCUUUAGCGAAACCGGUGCUGGGAAGCAUGUCCCAAGAGCUAUAUUUGUCGAUCUUGAACCCACUGUUAUUGAUGAGGUUAGAACUGGCACUUAUCGUCAACUUUUCCAUCCGGAGCAGCUCAUUUCAGGAAAGGAAGAUGCUGCUAAUAAUUUUGCCAGAGGCCAUUAUACAGUUGGCAAGGAGAUUGUCGAUCUUUGCCUUGAUCGAGUAAGGAAAUUGGCUGAUAACUGCACAGGUUUGCAAGGAUUCUUGGUGUUUAAUGCUGUUGGUGGGGGUACUGGUUCUGGAUUGGGGUCAUUGUUGCUGGAACGCCUAUCUGUGGAUUAUGGAAAAAAGUCCAAGCUUGGGUUUACUAUCUAUCCUUCUCCCCAGGUAUCCACUGCUGUUGUAGAGCCUUAUAACAGUGUUCUUUCAACUCAUUCCCUUCUAGAACACACUGAUGUGGUUGUGAUGUUGGACAAUGAAGCCAUUUAUGAUAUCUGUAGGAGAUCCCUAGACAUUGAGAGGCCUACAUAUACUAAUUUGAACAGACUGAUUUCGCAAAUCAUAUCAUCAUUGACCACUUCCUUGCGGUUUGAUGGAGCCAUCAAUGUAGACAUUACUGAAUUCCAGACAAAUCUGGUACCAUAUCCUCGCAUCCAUUUUAUGCUUUCAUCAUAUGCCCCUGUGAUCUCAGCUGAAAAGGCAUACCAUGAGCAAUUAUCUGUACCUGAGAUAACAAAUGCAGUUUUUGAGCCCUCAAGCAUGAUGGCUAAAUGUGACCCAAGGCAUGGAAAAUAUAUGGCUUGCUGCCUGAUGUACCGUGGAGAUGUUGUUCCCAAGGAUGUCAAUGCUGCUGUUGCUACUAUUAAAACGAAGAGGACGGUUCAGUUUGUUGACUGGUGUCCAACUGGCUUCAAAUGUGGAAUAAACUAUCAGCCUCCAACAGUAGUACCUGGGGGUGAUCUCGCCAAGGUGCAACGAGCUGUUUGCAUGAUCAGUAACAAUACUGCAGUUGCAGAGGUGUUCUCACGCAUUGACCACAAAUUUGAUUUCAUGUAUGCUAAGAGGGCAUUCGUCCACUGGUAUGUUGGAGAAGGCAUGGAAGAGGGAGAGUUUUCUGAAGCUCGUGAAGAUUUGGCUGCACUUGAAAAAGAUUACGAGGAAGUUGGUGCUGAAGGAGUUGAUGAUGAGGAAGACGGUGAAGAAUAUUGAUGUAGACCAACAUCUUUAAAGGCAGUGUUGGCCUAGUGCCUAAGUGCCUUGCAUAUGUUUUUGUUGUGAUUUGCUUUUUGUAUAACUUCUAUUUCAGUUGUUGUCUACAUUGUAAUUUGACAUUCCUUUGCAUUCAUGUCUGAAUAUUUUUCAACUACAGUGAUUGUCUACAUUGUAAUUUGACAUUCAUUCCUUCUAUAGUGAUUGUUCAUAUCAUUA